GAUGCUUUUAACAAUUUUAAACCUCAAAACAUUUCUAUUGAAGGUUUAUUAGAUCCAGAUACUUCAAUUGACUAUUUACCACAUUUUGGCCUUUCUUUUGAGGGAAAAUUUAGUGAUCGAACUAAAUCAUCAAUUUAUGAAAAUUUGCAGUCUUG